UCAUGGCGGCGGCCGCCUCCAAUGUCGGCGCCUCAGCGCCUGAGGCAGCGGGUUCCCCCGAAGCCCCGCUACAGUAUAGCCUUCUUCUGCAGUACCUGGUCGGCGACAAGCGUCAGCCUCGGCUCCUGGAGCCUGGGAGCCUGGGCGGGAUCCCGAGUCCCGCCAAGAGUGAGGAGCAGAAGAUGAUGGAGAGGGCGAUGGAAAGCUGCGCCUUCAAGGCAGCGCUGGCCUGCGUGGGAGGAUUUGUUUUGGGAGGUGCAUUUGGGGUGUUUACUGCCGGCAUUGAUACCAACGUGGGCUUUGACCCUAAGGACCCUUAUCGUACACCAACUGCAAAAGAAGUUCUGAAAGACAUGGGGCAAAGAGGGAUGUCCUAUGCCAAAAAUUUUGCCAUUGUGGGCGCCAUGUUUUCCUGUACUGAGUGUCUGGUGGAAUCUUACCGGGGAAAGUCAGAUUGGAAGAACAGCGUCAUCAGUGGCUGCAUCACUGGAGGAGCCAUUGGUUUCAGAGCUGGCAUAAAGGCCGGGGCCAUUGGUUGUGGAGGUUUUGCUGCUUUCUCUGCUGCAAUUGACUAUUAUCUACGAUGAGAGGCGUGGCCUGAGGGGAAGGAGCCGCCAGCUGGG